AUGGAACUGGAGAAAUCUUCUGCAAAAGUGUUGGUAACUCGAUCUCGAUCUGACACAACAGUCAAUUCUUCAGAUCAUCCAAAGAGAAGAUUUUCGGCUACGGAGUUGGCUGUGUCCAAUCCAGAUAUUCCCUCGUCAAUUCCUCGAUUCACGAAUGCCAAGCUUCGAGAACUCGCAUUUGCACAUCUUCCACCCAAGCGGUACAAGACAAAUGAAGCUGCAAAAGAGUUCAGUGUCGAAAUUGAUCGUCUACCGAUUAAUCAUUGUAUACUCAAUCCAAUAGAACUGUAUAUUGCUGCUCUUGACGAUUGUUCGGCGUUCAUUGAACGUGCUCGUAAACCUAAAAUGACUUUUCGAGCGGCUGAUAACUUUUUGGAAGAAGAAGUCGAACCACAUUUGAAUGAUGAGGAGCAAAAUCACGACUAUGACGGUGAGAUGCUCAGCGAAGAUGAUUUAGAUGCAACUAGUGAGAAAUCGCCUUGCUGUAAAUGA